UUCAGUUGGCACGAUAGAGAGGCCGUUUGAUCCUACAGAUAAUGCUACAGUUUCACAUACGAAGGAGCAUAACCAAAUUAAAUAGACAUGAGAUCAACUUAGUUACCAGAAGGGGAAUUUUUGUGGCAAAUGAUACCAAGAAGCUGAGACCUAGAAAGCGUGAUGAUAAGCGAAAAUCCAUUGAUAAGUUCUUAGAACUAGACGGAAGUCGAAAACUUCGUCAAGAAGAAGCCAAGUACACUGAUAGACUUAAUGAGUUGAAAAAUCUUACAAGAAGCGUGGCAACAAUGAUUAAGAAGAGAGAGAAGCAAGAAGCACAGCAAGAAAAGAUAGACAGUAUUCCAUUGCCUUCCGAAAUAAACAAAGACCAAGAGAGAGUGUUCAAUGCAUUAGGUAUAACUGAAUCCGGUGAGAAGGUCAACCAUCUGUCAUCUGCAUUAUUGGUCGAAUCGGGUCCAUCAAACGAAGAUAGUGCUGCCGUGAAAAUUUCCAAAACUUCCUUCAUAGUUCCAUCCGUACAAAUUCCAGAGUCAAUCAGCGAGAAAUUAGGAUUAUCAUUGAAGUAUCUCAUAUCAAAAACAAAUCAAAAUUGGACAAUGGUGCUCGAGCAACUUCGCUUGAGUGGUGGAUUCAAAGAUAUACCCUUGGAUGAUGUGAGGUCCUUCAUAAAAGUAAUUCCACCAAAGCAGCUAAAAGAAAAUUUAUCAAUAGUAGAACAUUUCUUUGAGGAAGCAAAUAUUGUCAAAACUGCAAAAUUAACGCACCUUAUGAUGAAUGCAGUCAACUCUACUGCGCUGAUUUCCAACAAUGACUUACAGAUCCUCGAAGAUUACUGCACAUACCUUAAGCAACGCUCUAGAAAAGGAUCACUCUCAAGGGACACUUAUACGAUCAUGAUCCAGGCUUACGGAAAGAGUAACAACAUGGCUGAAAUUAAUCGUUGUCUCGAAGAGAUGAAAAGUCUCAAGUUACAAGUGUCCCCAGAAAUCAUUUCGAAUAUCCUCACCACAUCUGUAUAUAAAGCUCGUGAUCAUAAACAAGCAGUGGAGAUUUUUGAUUCCAUGAAAUUCUUUAGUGAAAGCACUAAACCCUCGACAAAAGCUUAUCAAGAUAUAUUGGUUUCCUACGUUAACAAUGAUGAUAUUGAAAAAGCACUUGAUCUCUAUCAGGAAAUGAUAACAGAUAGGGUACCACUUAACCAAAACAUUAUGGUGGCGCUUGCAAGAGGAUGCAGUUCAAGACCAGAAUUGAGAAUUAAAGCGUGGGACUUCAUGUUUGAGAUUUACAAUAACGGAUGGACGCCAACUCUUCAAUCCUUUGAGUAUAUGCUCUAUUUGGCUUCAAGAGAUGGUGAUUUAGCAUUGAGCAGAGCAUUAUACUUGAAACUCAUCAAGAGUGACUCCACCACUGCAAAGUCUUUCUCAUUUUUGAUGUUGGCCUACUCCAAGAGUAGUAUUAAGAAUGAUAAAGGAUACGAACCUCCAUUAUUAAACUUCCAUGAACAAGGAAGGAUUUUCAGAAGAAAUAUAUUGAUGGAUUCCAAAUUCGAAUCUCUUGAAACUGGAAUUCCAUUUUUACCUAUCCAAGAUCUCUUGACUAAGGAUCAAAUUCUAGCUGAAUCCAGUGCCUUAUGGGCGUACAACUUGCUUUAUCAUCUAGAAUAUAUCAAUAACGAGAGUACAUGCACAUAUUUGAAUAUUGCUGCUGAGAUCGGAUCCGUCGAUGACUUCAUCGAUAGAUUCAAUAACUCCACUUUUUUUGAUAAGACAGGCUUGCCUGGCAAGAGAGUUGUUCAAGAUGGUGAAGAUGACACUCUCCAAAGUAUUGAAAUUAUUGACCCUGAAGUCCCUGAAUUAGCACAACUAGGGAUUAAGACUGACAAACAUAAAGCACCAAUAUUACAAUCAAUGGAGUUGGACAAUUCUUUCAAGAAGGUCAAAGUGCCCCGGAGUCCACUCAUGUAUGUAAUUGCAUUGAAAGUAGCCGGAAAAUCAAAGAACUAUGAUUUUGCACAAAGUAUUUGGGUCGAGAGAGGUCAGUUCAGAAAAACUAGUCAGUUCAGAGAUCUUGAGAGCUCAGAAAGAGAUAGGUUAGAUUUCCAAUUUGCAAGCUCUAUGAUCUUGGCAUUGACUAGGAUGAAUUUGUUGCAAGAUGCUCUCUCCAUAUUGUUGAGUACGGAGUACCAGUUCAAGUGGACUUGGAAAGAGUUAACCCACUUGCACAAAGCAGCCGUUGAAAUAGGUGAUGAUAGAAUAUGUAAGACGGUAAGGGGAGUUGCCAAGAGGGCUCAAUUAAAUUUCGCGGGUAAGAUUAGAAGGAAAGAUUUCAAGAGAUAUAUGAUGGAAAGAGGAUUCUAGGGGAUCAUUCAUAAAAUAGCUGACAAAGUUAUAGCAUCAAAUUGUAAUUAGAUUGUAUAUAGUGUAUCAUAGACCUAUAAAUAGCAUCGGAUAAUUUUAUGGAUACGAGAUAAGGAC